GUUCGGCCUGAGGUGACAGCGGGACUCCCCCCCACUCCCCCCCCGGAGACAGCGCUGUCGGGAGGCACAGGGACAGGGGCUGAGGGCCGCUCACACACCACACGGCGGCUGGAGAGGCUGUGGAGGAGCGCGGCCACUGCCGACAGGAAUCAGCAUUUUUAACGGAGCAAGAAUGUGAAGACAAACAUGGCCGAAGCAGUAGUUGAAGAGAGUAGAUCAGACAGAGGCAGCCUGACACAACAUUCUCAGCUCUACCUUGAUAUUCCACAAAGUUCCUGGCCGAUUGUCUACUCUCCCGGCUACAAUAUCUCAUUCCUCGGUCUGGAAAAACUUCAUCCCUUUGAUUCGGGAAAAUGGGGGAAAAUCAUCAAGUUUUUGAAAGAAGACAAGCUGGUAGAAGAUGACACACUUGUUCUUGCCCGCGAAGCAGAGGAAGAGGACUUGCUGGUGGCACACCCAAGGCAGUAUCUCAAUAAACUCAAGUGGUCGUUCAUUGUAGCAACAAUCACAGAGAUACCCUUGGUGGUAUUCCUCCCUAACUGCCUAGUCCAGAGAAAGGUCUUGAGACCGUUAAGGUUGCAGACUGGAGGAACAAUUAUGGCUGGAAAACUCGCUAUGGAGAGAGGGUGGGCAAUCAAUGUCGGUGGUGGUUUCCAUCAUUGCUCACGAGAGAAAGGGGGAGGAUUUUGUGCUUACGCUGACAUCACUUUGGCAAUUAAGUUUUUGUUUGACAGAGUGGAUGGAGUGUCGAAGGUUGCAAUCAUCGAUUUGGAUGCACAUCAGGGGAAUGGACACGAACGAGACUUUAUGAAUGACGAUAAAGUCUAUAUUAUGGAUGUUUUUAAUAGAUACAUCUACCCAGGAGAUGGAUUUGCAAAACAAGCCAUCAACCGUAAAAUUGAGCUGAAUUGGGACACGAAGGAUUCCGAUUAUCUGGAAAUAGUGGAAACAGAACUGGCAGCAGCACUGAAGGAAUUCACUCCCGAUAUCAUAGUGUAUAAUGCAGGCACGGACAUUUUAAUUGGAGAUCCCCUGGGUGGUCUUUCUAUUACACCGGAGGGGAUCAUUAAAAGGGACGAAAUCGUCUUCAAAGCCGCCAAACAUCAUGUCCCCAUCCUGAUGGUGACGUCCGGAGGUUAUCAGAAGAAAACGGCUCGGAUUAUAGCGGAUUCCAUCAUCAACCUGACCCGGCAAGGACUGAUUCGACGCAAGUCGUUUGCAAAAGGUCGCUCUUAAGGCCUUGGUUCUCGUCACCACCAUCAACAUGCGUUUGUCUGCGUGGCUAAACCGUGGCUCUUUAACUAACUAAAGGAUGUUCUGCCAUCUGA